UCCCUCCCCUUCCACAAUUUUCUUCCAUUCCUCUCGUCUUCCUGUGUACGGCAUAGCUGGGAAACACCCUUCAAUUCUCCUCUCCUCCAAGCUUCAUAUAUCCCUAGCUCCAAGCUAUGGAUCUCGAGUUCCAAGAAUCCGAUAUCAUCUUCUCGUCUGACCAUCAAAGCACCCGUGAAGUCGAUGAUAAUUCGAACGUACCCGGAAUCGAUACGAGUGCCCGGAAGGGACGUGGCAAGUCGAAGAAGUCAUUGGGCAAGAAGACCAUGAAGAAGAUGAUGAUCCAGUCGGUCCCCGUCGACAUUCCCUGCAAUUUCUUCCAGCACAAAAGGGAACCGGGUAACAGAGAUGAAUUCUAUGAUUAUUAUGAUGACGACGAGGAGAUGGUGCCGCCACACAUGAUAGUGGGGCGGAGGAUCGCCGGGAAGAUAGCCUUCUCGGUGUGCACUGGGAUCGGGCGGACACUAAAGGGAAGGGAUCUAAGCGAAGUCAGGAAUUCGAUACUCCGGUUGACCGGCUUUUUGGAAUCAUGACAUAUGCGUAUGUGCUGGCCUAUGUAUGUAUAAUUAACAUUGAUGUCUGUAAAUGGCGAAUCCGCAAUCGGAAAUUCGAGAUUACGAAUCAAGGCAUUUGUUGAUUUCUUCCUGUGAGAAGCUCCACUGGAUUGAAGACUCGAAUAGCCUCUAUGUGUCUAGAGAUGUCUCUCCAUUUCUCGGGUUGUACUAAAUGAUCCCCCUUUUCUUUAGAAAUUACAAUUCAAUAUAUUUUUUAGGGAUAUAUACGUAGGAAAAAAUGGGGCAAAAAUAGGAAAAACAAAUUAAUUAUUAUACUGUUCUUGUUCCUUGUAAUUAUCAAUAAGGUAAAAUCAGAAAAUAUCUCUUUAUGUAGUAA